GGACGGCAAUGCUGUCAACUACAUUGCUCAUUUUGACUGUCCAGAAUAUCUGAAAAAGUACAGUCUAAUGAGACCACAGGAGACUGCAACAUGCUGGAUGGCCUCAGUAACUGUGUGUAUCAAGGUGUGAAAUCUUUUGUCACAUCCAAUGGUCGGGACUUUGAGUGUGUCAUGCAGGAUGUCAAGGACAAAGUCGUACAGUACAAGAACAAGAUUCUCACGAAGACCAAGCUUCCUGAAAUAUGCUUCAAAACAGAUAAAGGGAAGCAGCCUUGUCCAGCAUUCACAGAGGUGGUUAGCGUUAUUUCCGAACAAUGUGCUGAUGUCAUAGCAACAAUCUACAUGGAAACAGAUGCUGAUGCACGCUGCAAGCACUACGAGUACAUGCUGGGUUGUGGAGUCCUUGUUCUCAGUAGAAUGAACUACAACUGUAAAAAGGCUCAGCUCAACACUAUGGCUGUAGAAAACAGUGCAUUCUUCGUGCUCCAUAUGAAUGGCUUUAAUGUAACCCAGUGCACAAAAGGUGGAGAAAUAGAACUAUCCACUGUGGCCCCUUUCACAUAUUACCCAUCAUGCCUGAAUGUUAACGAGUACAGCUACAUCUGGAGAUACAAGUGCAAGGUCAAGGUCGACAAAGUGGAAGGAACCGCAUGCAGCAAAUUGACCGCCACUUUUGGAUGUUUUAUGGAGAACAUGGGCUGUUCAUACCAUAAUGUCUCAAUGAUCCUCCAGAAGUAUGGCAGCCUCUUCAUACCAGACCUGAACAUCCCCAAGUGUGAAGGUUAGUGCCUGGAGUCAGUC